AUAUGCACUAUAUUGCCAAAAGUAUUGGGACAUCCCUCCAAAUCAUUGGAUUCAGGUGUUCCAAUCACCUCCAUGGCCACAGGUGUAUAAAAUCAAGCACUGCUUCUGUAAACAUUUGUGAAAGAAUGGGUGGCUCUCAGGAGCUCAGUCAAUUCAAGCGUGGUGCCGUGAUAGGUUGCCACCUGUGCAACAAGUCCAUAUGUGAAAUUUCCUUGCUUGCUAUGUGAAAUUUCCAUGGUCAACUGUUAGCGGUAUUAUAACAAAGUGGAAGCAACUGGGAACAACAGCAACCCAGCCACAAAGUGAUAGGCCAGGUAAAAUGACAGAGCGGGGUCAGCACAUGCUGAAGCACACAGUGCGCAGAAGUCGCCAACUGUCUGCAGAAUCAAUGGCUAAAGACCUCCAAACUUCAUAUGGCUUUCAGAUUGGCACAACAACAGUGUUUAGAGAGCUUCAUGGAACGGGUUUCCACGGCCGAGCAGUUGCAUCCAGGCCUUACAUCACCAAGUGCAAUGAAAAGCAACAGAUGCAGUGGCAUAAAGCACACCACCACUGGACUGUA